UAUAUGGGAACUAAUCCCCUGAUUGGAACGAGCUUACCCCUGAUGAAGUGAUUCACAAAUAUGAUAUGGUGGAGGUACUUGAAAAUUACAAUGAGCAAAGUGGUGCUGUUGUUGUUGUUGUUGUUAUAUGAUAUGGUGGAGGUACUUGAAAAUUACAAUGAGCAAAGUGGUGCUGUUGUUGUUGUUGCACUUGUAAAAGUAGCUGGAUUCAAAACAGUGUUUCGGCGACACCCAGAGCCAAAUAUGAUCAGGAUCAUUCCUAGAGAACAGUUGCUUCGGCUGUCUCAUCAAGUCCCUUCUUAUUUGCCCACAGGUCAAGAAGGUCCUAACGCUCCCAAGGGUUGCUUGGAGCUUGACCCUGCAGCUACGCCAUUAGAACUUCUGAAGGUAUUAACUGAAGCUCAGGUGAAAGAAAUGGAGGUCACCACCAACUUGGAAGGAUCAGAGGAGAGAGAGCAGUGGAAAUUGGAAAGCCGUUCAAGUUGAAACCGGAUAUUAUUCCUGAAAGUAUUGGAAAAUCAGUUGGGACAGAAGUGGAGGAGAGAAAGGCAAAUAAAAAUGCCCCAGAUGAUUGUGUACAGACGUAGACGAAAAAGGGAAUGGAAAAUCUAGAGGAAUGCUUUGAACCAUGACAUCUCAAAGUCAUUUCUGUAUGUUUCAUCCUCUUUGCAGACAAAAGAAACUGGCCAAUUUUUG